UUGUGCGUACAUUGACUAACCAGUAGUAGUAGAAUCUACCUCCGAGUUGAACCCUUUCAUACCCAUUCUACGAGUACGACUACUUUCAUUCAGUGUAUAAAGUGGUGCCGGUAGGAGAAGUUGUUCGCGCGUUUUGUUCGAUUUUUCACGUGUGUUUCGUCGACGUAUUUUAUACGAUAAGAUUGUUAUUUUUUGUGUUUUGAUCGAAUUUUUUCUAUAUUUUUGUGUUUCGGAGUUUUUUUCGUGAAUUUAAAAUUUAAAAAAAAAAUUGGAAAAUUUUCCUAUGAUUUUGUAAAUUAUUUUUUUAUUGAAAAAGAAUUUUAUUGCAGUGACGUGUACGUGGAUGAAAAUUUCAAAUUUUAAAUAUACGAGUAAAACGGGAAACGCGCGAACGGUGCCGAACGAUGGAUGAAUUUCUGUGGCACAACGGAAACCAUCCAUUAACGAAUUGGCCGCACGAUAACCACGUCCAGAUAAUGGUUUGCUGAAUGCAGAUGCGGUUUCAUCACAUCACCGGCUCUCGCAGGCUGAUAUGUUCGAUAAAAAAAUCCUCUCGAUUGGGAGCAGUUUCCUAAUGUCAAUGGGCUAACAUUACUCUUUCCUUCUUUUUUUAUUUUUUAAUUUCCACUCCUUUGUUCGCUUCGGCCGGAGUGCUUUUUUUCGGUGUACAAAUAGUGUUCGAUAUGGAAUCAACAAUCGUCAUCGUUAUUGGUUAAGCUCACAUCGUUAUCGAUACAAAGUUCGCGUACGUUGUUGUUGUUGUUCGAUCGAAAUCCGAAAUCCGAAAUCAUGUUCCCGUUUCGUAAAUACAACUCUACCCGAUUUAUCGGUUUUGUAUUCAUUAUACUUGUAUUCGUUACCGUGUGUUUGUAUUAUGGAAGUUACACCGGUGUUAUUAAUAUCGCAAAUCCUACAACUAGCUUCUCGGGCCAGGUAUCAAUCGCGCAGCCCAAGAGUUUAUCGUUGAAAAGCGCCUCGUCUAAUCAAUUCGAAAGCAACCCGCCAGCUUGGAAGGCAUUACCAAAGGAUACCUGGUCUGAGAUCAACAGCGAAAUCAACGAUCAAACGUGUUCACCGGUUUAUAGUGCCAGGACCAACGUCAACACGGUCGAAGAAUUUUCCCGAUUCGAGUUCCAGCCAUUCUGGUUGAAGAACCGAGAAUACUGGGACGAAAGUUUCGAAGAACGUUACAAGCAACGAAAACAGCAAUGGCCCAGGCCACCUUUAAAGGUAAUAAUAGUACCGCAUUCGCAUAACGAUCCAGGAUGGCUGAAAACGUUCGAAGGAUAUUACCAUUACCAGACUCGAAAUAUCCUGAACCACAUGGUGGAUAAGUUACAGUUACUGAAAAACAUGACUUUCAUUUGGUCCGAGAUGUCGUUCUUCUCACAGUGGUGGGAGAGCGCCCAUCUCACGAAAAAACGUGUCGUGCAGCAAAUGUUGCAAGAAGGUCGUUUGGAAAUAGUUACCGGUGGUUGGGUAAUGACCGACGAAGCCACUAGUCAUAUUUAUGGCAUGCUCGAUCAACUUAUUGAAGGCCACCAAUGGAUCAAGAACAACUUGGGUGUCACAGUAAACAGCGGCUGGUCAGUAGACCCUUUCGGUCACGGUUCCACAGUACCAUACUUGUUGAAAACGUCCGGAGUGACCUCGGGUACAGUAAUCCAACGUAUCCACUAUUCGUGGAAACAGUGGUUCGCCAAACACAUGAUGGGUGACUUUUUAUGGCGACAGAAUUGGGACUCGGUCGGCUACACGGAUAUGUUUGUUCAUAACCAGCCUUUCGAUAUAUACUCGAUAAAGCACUCUUGCGGUCCGCAUCCUCAAAUCUGCACGUAUUUCGAUUUUCGCAAAGUGGUGGGCGAGUUCACCGAGUAUUCUUUGAAAGCGAUGCCUAUAGACCAACAGAAUGUGAAACAAAAGGCCGAUAUAUUGAUGGAGCAGUACGAAAGAACAGGAUCUUUAUAUCCGCAUAACGUUAUACUGGUCCCAUUGGGUGACGACUUUCGUUACGAUCACGACGUCGAAUGGGAACAACAGUAUAGAAACUAUAAAAGACUGAUGGAUUACGUUAACGGUCACAAGGAGGUAUACCACGCCGAGAUACAAUUCGGUACGCCGAGGGAUUACUUCAGGGAGGUGCAAUCGCGUAUGUCGAAUUUCCCGACGUUAAAAGGCGAUUUCUUCGUUUACAGCGAUAUAUUCACCGAAGGCAGGCCGGCCUACUGGAGCGGGUAUUUUACAACCAGACCGUAUUGGAAAUUACUCGAUAGAGAAUUGGAGCGAAAUUUACGUUCGGCCGAAAUCCUCUAUACUUACGGUUUGAAUAAAGCUAAACAACGCAGGCAUAACGAUACUAUUAAAAUAAUCGAACGAAAUUACGAGAAAUUGGUAAAAGCUCGCCAGAAUUUGGCCUUGUUCCAGCAUCACGACGCUAUUACCGGCACCUCGAAGGCUUUCGUAAUGAGAGAUUACGCUUUGAAAUUGAUCGAGGGUAUACAAGAUUCGGUAUUUUUGCAGACAUACGUGAUACAGAAUUUGCUGUUCGAUAAUCAUUAUUCGGAUCUGCCUCCUUAUCGGAUCGUUGUGCCGGAAUCUGAUGCCGAGUCUUACGAUACAACUUCGCCUAAAAUUGUCACUACUGUGACACGUCGAAGGAAAGUGGUUGUGUUUAAUUCUCACGCUCACCAUAGGCAAGAAGUGGUUAAGAUGCAAGUGAAUACGCCUAAUUUGUCCAUCACCGAUUAUCAAGGUAACGUGAUCCUGCACCAGAUAAAUCCUGUGUGGAACGUGUCGUCGAAUCGAGGCCCAGCUUACGAUCCUCAACGUCCCAUUGAAAUACUAAAGAACCGUUUCGAGCUUUUAUUUAUCGUCGAUCUGCCUCCAUUAUCUGUGAACGUGUUUACCAUUUCGGCUCGCCAUCAUGGUGAAAGUGACGUCACCUCGAUGGCGGUCGUCUACUGCCAACACUGCCAGCAAAACCAGGACGUCUUUCAAACGAAGAACAUCCAACUGGGCGAUAUACAGUUGGAGAAUCGUAAAAUACGAGCUCUAUUCGAUGGUAAAUCGGGUUUCUUGAAAACCAUCACGAAAAAGGAUACGGAGAAGAGGACUUUCUGCGAGAUGUCGAUAGCUGCUUAUCAGUCGGCUCAGUUCCAUAGUGGAGCUUAUUUAUUUAUGCCAGAUCCGAACUCUCACGAUACCGAACGAGAUGUUCUGCGAGAUUACUCUAAUCAGUUCAUCGUUAUCACAUCAGGACCUAUAGCUUCCGAGUUGACUGUCGUUUACGAAGGUCUGCUGGCUCAUUCGGCUCGUCUAUAUCAUAAAGAUGGGCCUCUGGCCGAAGGUAUCUACAUAGAGAACAUUAUUGAUUUCGGCGUUCCACCCAAAAAUCGCGAGACCGAGAUGUAUAUGAGGUUUUCUAGCGGUAUCAAUAACGGAAACCCUUCUACUUUUUACACCGAUACCAACGGAAUGCAGAUGCAGAAACGCGUGACCGUAGAACGAAUAGGUAUAGAAGGCAACUAUUACCCUAUUACCACCAGUUUAUACAUUGAAGACGAUCAACAACGUCUAUCGUUAUUGGUCGAUCAUUCGCAAGGAGCUUCAUCCUGGCAACCUGGCUUUUUAGAGGUUAUGCUGGAAAGACGAACGUUGUACGAUGACGCACGUGGCAUGGGCGAAGGUAUCGUCGACAAUAAGAAAAUCCUCACUAAAUACUGGCUGUUGCUGGAAGAUAUAGAACAACCCAAACCAGCGGAAGCUUCCAGACCUAGUUUAUUAUCAAAUUACCUAUCUAAUACUCUACUUUACCCGGCUAAUUUAUUCUUAGUCGAAGAACCCACCGGUCAUAGCGAUUCUUUGAACUCGAACCAAUAUAACGCUAUCCAUUACCCGUUGCAAUUGAUCACUAAAUCAAUCCCGUGCGAUAUUCACUUGCUGAAUUUCCGUACGUCUACUGAUUCCACUUAUACGCAAUUCCCAUCGAGUUCUGCGUUGAUGAUUUUGCACAGGCAGGGUUUCGCUUGCAAUGUUAGCCCUAAAGUUAAAAUACCAAAUUGCUAUUUAGAAACUGUAUCUAGUCAUAAAUAUUCGGUCUUCCGUCCUGAUACUCAGUUCGGUGAUUUGCAAGUACGCAGCGUAUCGCAGACCUCGUUGACCGGUCUUCAUAAACUUAAAACAUACAAUACUUUGGACGAAGUGACCCACGUACCGAUGAAUUUGAUGACUCUGAAUGUGACUUUUGUGUCGUAGGGAUAGGCACCUACACUUGAAUCGUCUUUCUGAUCGUUAUUCAUCGUGAGUUCUCCAGCUACUUUAUACAUUGUAUGUAUCUGUGAUAACGUAGAUCAAUUCAUAUGUUUAGAUAUCAUUGUACAAUAGCGAAGUAAAGUGACGUGGAUUAUAUGUACAGGGUGUCCUAUUUUAGAUUGGCAUCCUUCCACGAGUAAUAUAGGCAACCCAUGCUGCUCUUACGCAUGCAUGGUUGUCUAAUCUACUAAUUUCAGGUCUAGUUGAUUGAAUGUUCAAUUGAAGCAGGUUCAUUUUCAAACUUGUGCUCAUUGAAAAAGAUGAUAAAAAAAUGAUUACAGGAAAGUAUGUGUGAAUCAUCAUCGUGAUGGAAGACCAGAAGGAGAUUUAUAAGUACAUUGAGUCUAGAGAAUGAUGUAAGCAAGCUGAAAAUCUGGAAGUGAUAGAGUUUUUUUUUUUUUUAAAGUCAGAUGACCAUGUUGCCUAUCUUGAAAUUAAGUCUCCUUCAUUUCUGAGCCUAGGCAAUCGUAUGUAUACAAUUGUACAUUCAUGAUCAUGAGCUUUUGUUACAGAUUACUCAUGUUUCUUGUGAUUGAAAAUUGUCAACCUGAAUAUAACAGGACACCCUAUGUAUGAGUAUAAAUAUGAGCAAAAUUGUAUUAAAUACCAACUAUAGGUACUAAUUUCUGUUGAAUGGUUUGAUGUAUUCAAUCGUACAUAUUGGUACGUUUAUAGGUACUACCUAUUUGUUCAGUGGAAUACUUGCUUACUAUUGUUUAUAUGUGUAACUUGUAACUGUGUAUUGUCAAUACCAAAGAUGAAUUCGAUGUUUUUAUUAUUUAAGAACAAUUUUGUAUGAUAAAUAAUAUUCUCUUGUACUUACAUGAUGUAAAUUGUUGUUGUACGUUUAUGUAAAAAAUUUGUAAUUCUUUUUGUAUUUUUGGUUGUGAUUUAAUGUUAAUUAUGUGUAAUACUUGAUUUUCUUUUUUUUUUCUUUUUUUAAAUUCAACUACUUGGAAAAGUAUCGUUAAAAUUAUGUAUCAGUUUUUACCAUUUAUUCCAUUUGUUGGUUACUAUUCUUGUCAUUUAUCAAAGUAUAUGUUUAAUAAAGAUAAAUUUUUGGGA